GACCGACACAUCACUAGAGGGGAGGAGGAUAGAAAGUAGUGAAGAAAGAAAGAAAGAGAGAGGACGGGACACCACGGACGGAUAACCCGUCUGUUCUUCUCCUUCUGUCGGGUCUGGACUCCACCUGCCCGGCCUCUCCUCAGCUCAGGAUGGACUGGUCGAGCAGGCUGGCGGUGUGGCAGCAGCUGGCUGAGAGCUGUGGUCUCAGCACGAUCGAGCAGGGCCUCCAGCAGAUCUGGGGUCUGCUGCUGCUCUGCCUGAUCUGCAGACUCUGCUUCAGACUCGGAGUUGCGUCCACUGUGAAGCAUGUAGUGUCAGUGUUGGCAGGGAUGUACGGCCUCUUCCUGUUCUUCGACUUUCACAUGCUGUGGGUGCUGUUUCUCGGUGCCCUCUGUUACCUUGUCCUGCUCCUCUGCCGACACUCCAGCAGCAGAGGCCUCUUCCUCUCGUUCGUUAUCCUCAUCUACCUCCUCACUGGAGAGUUGCAUUUAGUUGACAUGGUGACCUGGCAUAAAAUAAGAGGUUCUCAGAUGGUGGUGGCCAUGAAGGCAAUCUCUCUGGCCUUUGACAUGGACAGAGGAACAGUGGGUGCCCUCCCCUCCCCGGCUGAGUUCUUGGGUUAUGUUCUCUUUGUGGGCACUGUUGUCUUCGGGCCUUGGAUCAGCUUCUCCAGUUAUAAGAAUGCCACUGAAGGCACAAAGCUGAGCUGGUUGUGGCUGUAUAGUUCAUCCAUCACUCUCGUGAAGAGUCAGAUCUGUCUGCUGGUCUCCACGUGCAUCGCCCCGUACAUCUUCACUUUGUUCAUCCCCAUCCAUGGAACCGCAGUCACAGAGAAGUGGCUGCUUGCUUAUGAGACCGCAGUGUCCUUCCACUUCAGUAACUUCUUUGUGGGUUACCUCAGUGAAGGCACCACCAAGAUGGCUGGAGCAGGCUUCACAGAAGAAAAAGACAACAUCAGAUGGGAUAUGAGUGUGGUGAAGCCUCUCGCCGUGGAGAUGCCUCGCUCCAUGGUCCUGGUGGUGACAUCCUGGAACAUCCCCAUGUCUCGAUGGCUAAAAACCUAUGUCUUCAAAAACGCCAUGAAGCUGGGGACCUUUCCAGCCAUCCUGAUGACAUACACAGCCAGUGCCUUACUGCAUGGUCUCAGUUUUCACCUGGGAGCUGUCCUGCUCUCUUUGGGCUUCAUUACAUAUGUUGAACAUGUACUGAGGAAGAAGCUCGCCUCCAUCUUCAGUGCCUGUAUCCUGUCCAGGCCUUGCUCCUCUGACUGCAGCCAUCAGCACAAGAAGGAGUAUUGGGUGAUGUUACUGAACCUAGUUUUCAGCCUGCUGGCCAUCUUUCACCUCACCUACCUCGGCUCUAUGUUUGAUGCUGGAGCUGAUGAACAGGAAAUCGAAGAGGGUUACGCAGCGAUCCACACCAUCCACAGGUGGUCUGAACUGAACUGGGCGAGCCACUGGGUUGUGUUCGCAUGCUGGGUCUUCUAUCGUUUAAUCCAGUGAUGUCAUUGGAGCAGACAGGAAGUUGUUGUUGUUAUCUGAUGGGAGCAAAGGACUACGGGACAGGUGGAGGACUGUUUUUCACAGAGGGACAGGAGAUGGUUUGGAUGUAAAGAUGAAGACCUGUUUCAAAGACAGACCUGUGAAAAUCUGAUGGGAACAAAGAGAGGACACACACUCCAAAAUGAACCACCAUUCAUUUACCUUUGUCUGUAGACAGCUGUUUGGACAGGCGGGGUUAAAUGUAUGUAGUCAGAACCAUUUCAGGUGUGUGUGGGUGUACGUAUGUGUGUGUACGUGUGUGUACAUGGUUUUUAUUUUUUACUGCUGCUCUUGUAUUUCUGUAUUUUUAUGAUUAAACCUUUGUUUAUAAGUAAACAA